AUGCUCCGCCUCCGCAGCUGCUGCAUCCUCACUCGUCUCCUCUCUUCUCCCGCCACCUUCCCUCUCCACCGGCUGCUCUCAGCGGCUGCCUCCCCAAGCCCCUGGUUCUCCGUCGAGCAGUACCUCGUCGACACCUGCAGCCUCACCAGAGCGCAAGCCGCCAAGGCCUCCACCAAGCUCUCCCACCUCAGGCCUUGCCUCAAGUCCCCCACCAACCCCGACGCCGUCCUCGCCUUCCUCGCCGGUCUCGGCCUCUCCACCGCCGACGUCGCUGCCCUCGUCGCCAAGGACCCGCGGUUUCUCUGCGCCCGUGUGGAGACAACCCUGGCCCCUGUCGUCCUUGGCCUCACCGGAAUCGGCCUCUCAAAUAAUGACAUUGCGCGCCUCCUAUCGCUCGUUCCAUCCAGCUUCCGCUGUAGAUCCGUCGUCUCCAACCUACAACACUGCCUGCUGCUGUACGGCUCCUACGAGAACCUCCUCCGAGCCUUCAAAUUCAACAAUAAUCUCCUCACAUACAGCUUCGAGACGACCAUAAAGCCCAACAUCGCGAUCCUGCGGGACUGUGGUCUAGGUGACUGUGAUAUUGCCAAGCUGAGCAUAGCUAUGCCGAGGAUGCUCACCCGAACCCCGGAGCGCUUCAGGGUGUUCGUGGCUUGCGCCCAAGGAUUAGGUGUGUCCCCUGGCUCUCCGAUGUUCAGACACGCGCUGCACGCCCUCGCGCGCCUCGGCGAGGACAAGAUCUCCACGAAGCUGGAGCACUUGAAGAAGACGUUCAGGUGGUCGGAUGCUGAGGUGCGUAUUGCUGUUUGUAAGAGCAUCUCCAGUCGCGCUCCGAUGCUGCUCACGAGGUCUAAGGACAUGCUGCAGAGCAAAUCACAGUUUCUUAUCUCUGAGCUGGGGUUAGAACCGGCGUACAUUGCUCACCGGCCCGUAAUAAUCAAUCUUAGCCUGGAGGGCCGGCUCAGGCCCCGGUACUAUGUCCUAAAGCUUCUAAAGGAAAAGAGAUUGCUACAUCACAAUUUGGGGUACUAUACAAUUGUCCAGGCGACCGAGAAGGUACUCUUGGACAAGUACAUAUCCCCUCACAGUGAAGCCGCACCGCACCUCGCUCAAGACUAUGCAGCCGCUUGCAGAGGAGAAGCGCCUCCUAGAUUCAUAUUUGCUUGACCCAAGAACAUGGUGUUGAAUUCUGAAAAUACGUACUCCACAACAAAGAUUUAUUGUAAGCUGGUCAUUCAUGUAUCAUUGUGCCUAACUGGGUGUUUGUUCUCUGCUAUUGGGUGUUUGGUUCUGUCAUUUGUAGCUAGCUGAAAGUUGAUAUUUCAGUUGUGAGUUGGGCUAUGUCCACUACAUCAAUCGGUAGAGAAGAGAAAAUGGUAUCGUUGUGAACUUAUCAAUCCCCACGCUUUAUGGACACAUGUUGAAACUAUCAGUGACUAGUAUGUCUGCACUAUUGAUAUCUUUGUGGAUAAUGAUGCGGAAGCUGCGGAGUGUUCUCAAAUGGUUCUUACACUACUGUGUCAGGUUAACUCUUUUGGGUCUGCUAAAUUACUAGGUAUUUCUCCAAUUUCCUUGUUUCUUCAUAAUCAG